GAGGCAGGGGAACUUCUACUGAUUAGAACUUUGAACUAAUCGAAGAAAUAUCUAAAUGGCUUCCAUAGAGAGCGAUGGGGACAGUGAUAACAAAGGUAGCAUGUGGGUUUUGGAUCAGAAGAUUGACCAGCCUAUGGAUGAAGAGGCAGGAAGGCUCAGAAAUAUGUACAGGGAAAAAAAAUUUUCUGCACUAUUACUUCUGCGGCUUGCGUAUCAGAGUCUUGGUGUGGUUUAUGGAGAUUUGGGUACUUCCCCUCUGUAUGUUUUCUACAAUACGUUCCCUCAAGGAAUUGACGAUCAAGAGGACAUUAUUGGGGCUCUUUCUUUGAUUAUAUACUCUCUCACUCUGGUGCCACUCCUCAAAUAUGUUUUUGUUGUAUUAAGAGCAAAUGACAAUGGCCAAGGUGGUACUUUUGCACUUUAUUCCUUGCUUUGUCGGCAUGCUAAAAUAAAAACAAUUCCUAAUCAGCAUCGUACUGAUGAGGAGCUAACAACAUAUAGUCAUUCUACCUUCCAUGAAAGGUCAUUUGCUGCAAAAACUAAAAGAUGGUUAGAGGAAAAUGCAUUUAAGAAGAAUGUCAUUCUUGUUCUUGUCCUUGUUGGCACCUGCAUGGUGAUUGGAGAUGGUAUACUUACCCCUGCUAUAUCAGUUUUAUCAGCUGCUGGUGGCAUCAAAGUGAACCAGCCUGGAAUGAGCAGUAAUAUAGUUGUGCUGGUUGCUGUGGUAAUAUUAGUUGCUUUAUUCAGCAUGCAACACUAUGGUACAGACAAAGUUAGCUGGCUCUUUGCUCCGGUUGUCCUUCUCUGGUUUCUUCUGAUUGGGGGUAUAGGUAUAUUCAACGUCUGGAAAUAUGGCACGACCGUUCUAAAAGCCUUUUCACCUGUGUAUAUCUAUCGAUAUUUUAGAAGAGGAGGAAAAGAUGCUUGGACUUCCCUCGGAGGUAUCAUGCUUAGCAUAACAGGGACAGAGGCUCUUUUUGCCGAUCUAGCUCAUUUUCCUGUUUCAGCUGUACAGAUCGCAUUUACUCUACUUGUGUUCCCCUGCCUUCUUUUAGCUUAUUCCGGACAAGCUGCUUACCUAAUGAAUAAUAUGGGUCAUGCGCAAGAUGCUUUUUAUCGCUCUAUUCCAGAUAGAAUAUAUUGGCCAGUAUUUGUUGUAGCAACAGCGGCAGCUAUAGUUGCAAGCCAGGCCACAAUAACUGCAACCUUUUCAAUUAUCAAGCAAGCCCUAGCACAUGGUUGUUUUCCAAGAGUGAAAGUUGUACACACAUCGAAGAAAUUCCUUGGCCAGAUAUAUAUUCCAGAUAUUAAUUGGAUCCUCAUGAUUCUUUGCAUCUCUGUUACUGCUGGCUUCAAAAAUCAAAAUCAGAUUGGAAAUGCAUAUGGUACUGCAGUUGUGAUAGUUAUGCUGGUAACAACAUUGCUUAUGAUUCUAAUCAUGAUAUUAGUAUGGCGCUGUCACUGGAUUCUUGUCUUCAUCUUCACUGGCUUAUCACUGAUCGUGGAAUGCACUUACUUCUCAGCUGUUCUCUUCAAAGUUGAUCAGGGCGGGUGGGUUCCCCUAGUAAUUGCUGCAGCAUUUCUUCUUAUUAUGUAUGUUUGGCAUUAUGGCACUGUGAAGCGCUAUGAGUUUGAAAUGCAUAGUAAGGUCUCAAUGGCAUGGCUUCUUGGGCUUGGUCCAAGUUUAGGGCUUGUCCGUGUCCCCGGGGUUGGGUUAGUCUACACAGAGCUUGCAAGCGGAGUACCUCACAUCUUUUCCCACUUCAUCACCAACCUGCCAGCUCUCCAUUCUGUUGUUGUUUUUGUAUGUGUCAAAUACCUCCCUGUCUAUACUGUCCCUGAUGAUGAACGAUUCCUUGUCAAGCGAAUUGGACCCAAGAAUUUUCACAUUUUCCGAUGUGUGGCACGAUAUGGCUAUAAAGACCUGCACAAGAGAGAUGAGGAUUUUGAGAGAAAACUCUUUGAUAACCUUUUCAUUUUUGUCCGGCUUGAGUCUAUGAUGGAAGGAUGUUCAGAUUCAGACUACAGUUUACCUGGAAGACAAACGCAGCAGUCAAGAGAUGACCUGAUGCUAAAUAACAACGGAAACACAGUUUCAUCUCUGGUGGACUUCACCAUUUCAUCUGUGGAUUCCAUAGUGCCAGCUAGAUCUCCAUUCCAUGUAAAUAAUACUCUAGGGUCCUCUGGUCAAUCAAGUGGCCCUACUGAGGUUGAUGAACUUGAAUAUUUGAAAAGCUGCAUGGAUGCUGGGGUGGUCCACAUACUAGGGAACACAGUUGUGAGAGCUAGGAGGGAUUCAAAGUUCUACAAGAAAAUAGCUGUUGAUUAUAUAUAUGCAUUCCUUAGGAAGAUAUGCAGGGAGCAUAGUGUCAUCUUCAAUAUCCCUCAUGAGAGUCUUCUAAAUGUUGGUCAGAUAUUCUAUGUAUAGCCUUCCCCCUCCCUGUCUCUUUAUUUGGUCCAUGAUCAAUAAGAUGUAUCAUUCGAAACUGCCGUUUUGUGCACAGUUGAGCAUAGUGUAGAAUAUGGCAAUCGUGUUACAAAUGGAAGCAAACGGCUAGAGAAGAAUGGAUUAGGGCAAUUUCAUGUUGAAACUCCUAAAUCUCAAGUGGCUGGCCAGAAUGAUCCCUUGAAUAUUCCUUGGAUAUUGAGCAUUGUAUGCAUGGUGAGUCGCUUGAGCCCUUCAGAUGUGAGAGAGAUCGCUCUUCUUUCAAGUCCAUUAUCAUUGAGUGGCACCAAGUGUAAUGGACCAUAAUCUCUGGUGUCUUAUUUUGUUUUGAAGCAUUGAUUUAAUUUUUUUUUUUUUUGGUGGUAAAGACGUAAAGUCAUGCAUACAGGUUCUUUCAUGACUGCCCAAUGCCGAGUGGGAAAUUUUUGUCCACACCUCUUGUAUUUAUUUGCGGUAAAAGGAAUAUAUCUAAAUGAGUGCAUGGUUACCAAACUGGAUUUUUUUUUGUUUUUCAGAGUUGUGCUUUCAAAGAGAGGGGUUAGAAAGUACAAUCGUGUAUAGUCUUUCUUUUUUAGUUGCUUUACUUUAAUUAUCUUUGUACUGUCAAUCUCUUUCGAAGUGUAUUAUAUGCAAUUGAUUUGUGGUUAUGGAAAAUAUAUUAGAUUA